GGCCGGGCCAACUCCGCCGCGGGGACGCCGUGACGGGAACUUGAGGCGCGAGGGGGAUGUGAAAGCCCAAAAUGACCCUCCUACCGGGAGACAACUCUGAUUACGACUACAGCGCCCUGAGCUGCGCCUCGGACGCCUCCUUCCACCCGGCCUUCUUCCCGCAGGGCCAGUCCCUCAAGGGCGUCUUCUACCGCCGGGCGCAGCGGCUGCGGCCCCGGCCCCGGCCCCAGGACGCGCCCCGCCAGCCCGGCCAGCCCGAGGACCGGCGGCGCCAGAUCAUCAUCAACGUGGGCGGCAUCAAGUACUCGCUGCCCUGGACCACGCUCGAGGAGUUCCCGCUGACGCGCCUGGGCCAGCUCAAGGCCUGCACCAACUUCGACGACAUCCUCAACGUGUGCGAUGACUACGACGUGACCUGCAACGAGUUCUUCUUCGACCGCCACCCGGGCGCCUUCGGCACCAUCCUGACCUUCCUGCGGGCGGGCAAGCUGCGCCUCCUGCGCGAGAUGUGCGCCCUGUCCUUCCAGGAGGAGCUGCUGUACUGGGGCAUCGCCGAGGACCGCCUGGACGGCUGCUGCAAGCGCCGCUACCUGCAGAAGAUCGAGGAGUUCGCCGACGUGGUGGAGCGCGACGAUGAUGAUGAGCCGCUGUCCAGCGAGGACCCCGACAGCGAGGGCCCGGCCCAGGGCGAGGGCCGCCUGGGCCGCUGCAUGCGGAGACUGCGCGACAUGGUGGAGAGGCCGCACUCGGGGCUGCCCGGCAAGGUGUUCGCCUGCCUCUCGGUGCUCUUCGUCACCGUCACGGCCGUCAACCUGUCCAUCAGCACCCUGCCCAGCCUGCGGGAGGAGGAGGAGCAGGGCCAGUGCUCGCAGAUGUGCCACAACGUCUUCAUCGUGGAGUCGGUGUGCGUGGGCUGGUUCUCCCUCGAGUUCCUCCUGCGGCUGAUCCAGGCGCCCAGCAAGUUCGCCUUCCUGCGCAGCCCCCUGACGCUCAUCGACAUGGUGGCCAUCCUGCCUUACUACAUCACCCUGCUGGUGGACGGCGCGGCCGCGGGCCGCCGCAAGCCGGGCGCGGGCAACAGCUACCUGGACAAGGUAGGGCUGGUGCUGCGGGUCCUGCGGGCGCUGCGCAUCCUCUACGUCAUGCGUCUGGCCCGCCACUCCCUGGGGCUGCAGACGCUGGGCCUCACCGCCCGCCGCUGCACCCGCGAGUUCGGGCUCCUGCUGCUCUUCCUCUGCGUGGCCAUCGCGCUCUUUGCGCCCCUCCUCUACGUCAUCGAGAACGAGAUGGCCGACAGCCCCGAGUUCACCAGCAUCCCCGCCUGCUACUGGUGGGCCGUCAUCACCAUGACCACUGUGGGCUACGGGGACAUGGUGCCCAGGAGCACGCCCGGCCAGGUGGUGGCGCUCAGCAGCAUCCUCAGCGGCAUCCUGCUCAUGGCCUUCCCCGUGACUUCCAUCUUCCACACCUUCUCGCGAUCCUACCUGGAGCUCAAGCAGGAGCAGGAGCGCGUGAUGUUCCAGAGGGCCCAGUUCCUCAUCAAGACCAAGUCGCAGCUGAGCACCAUGUCCCACGACAGUGACAUCUUGUUUGGAAGUGCCUCCUCGGACACCAGAGACAACAACUGAGCCCAGAGGACAUGACCCGUCGCCACCGCCAGGAGCUGCCCUCCCUGCCCCCUCCCCCCAGCUCUGCCUGCCCUCUGCGGCUUGAAGCUAUCGCCGUCUCUCCCAGACGACUUCGAAGGCACGUGCGGCUCGGAAUGCAGCCCCGCAUGGGACCGGCUGGAACCACACCCCAAGAAGGACGUCUGCAGCAGCCACAGAGGGGUCCCCACCGCUCCGCCUCCACAAGUGAAGCCGUAGCUGGUCAAGAGCCCAGCACACAGCUGUGUUGCCCCCCACCCCCGCCCCGCCCCCAUAUCGGUUCCCCCCAAUAAGGAGAUGGCUUUGUUCUUUCUACCAUGUAAAUAACAUGCCCAGCAAAGACUUGCUUUGUGGGUCCGCCCGGAGGAAAAAGGACAAAUGACAACAGGAACGUGUGUGUUGAGUGUGGAUCGUGUGCAAUUAAAGAAAACCGAUGAAAAAGA